UAAUAACAAUGAACAAGAUACAAAGAUGGAUGGUAAAACAAAACAGGGACCUCAGAAUGCCAGACAAGAGGCUGUAGUUGCUGCUUUCAAACAUGCCUGGAAGGGAUAUAAGCUAUAUGCAUGGGGACAUGAUGAAUUGAAGCCUAUCAGUAAAUCCUACAGUGAAUGGUUUAGAUUGGGACUUACAUUAAUAGAUGGAUUAGAUACAAUGUAUAUUAUGGGAUUAGAUGAAGAAUUUAAAGAAGCUAAAGAUUGGGUUGUUCAUAUGGAUGUCAAUCCUAAUGUAGAUGUUAAUUUAUUUGAGACAACUAUUCGUGUACUCGGUGGUUUGCUCAGUACAUACCAUCUUAGCGGCGAUUCAAUAUUUCUGGAAAAAGCAGUAAAACUUGGGGAUGCUCUGUUGCCUUGCUUCAAUACUGAAUCAAAAGUGCCACAUUCCGAUGUUAAUCUGAAGACAGAAAGAGCACAUGCACCUAGAUGGGGUCCUGAUAGUACAGUGUCAGAAGUCAGUACAAUACAAUUAGAAUUCAGAGACCUCUCAUUUACAACUGGCAAUCCCAAAUACAAGGAAGCUGUAGAUAUAGUUAUGAAUCACUUGUUCUCGUUGCCCAAAGCAAAUCAUCUUGUGCCAAUAUUUAUCAAUGCAAACACUGGAAAGUUUCGUACUGGAGCCACAAUAACUUUAGGUGCUCGUGGUGACAGUUACUAUGAAUAUUUAUUGAAACAGUGGGUGCAGACUGGCCAGACAGAAGACAAAUUCAAAGUUGAAUAUAUAUCUGCUGUGGAAGGAAUUAAAGAUAAAUUAGUGAAAGAAACAAUUCCAAAUGGAUUAACAUUUAUUGGAGAACUACUUAGUGGAAAUAAUUUCAGCCCAAAAAUGGAUCACUUGGUGUGUUUCUUUGUUGGUACUCUGGCAUUGGGAUAUUUGAAUGGUUUGAGUGAAUCACACUUGGAACUUUCUGAGAAUUUAGCCAAGACAUGUUAUCAAAUGUAUGCCCAAAUGCCGACAUUUCUUAGUCCUGAAAUUGCAUACUUUAAUACUAAUCCACACGGAAGGGAAGAUAUAUCAGUCAAG